AUGAGUAUAUUGACUGCUGAAAAAAGAAAACUCUUGUUAGGUAUCGACGUCGGUGGAACCAACUCCGACCUUGUUGUCAUCGAGCCUGAUAAGCUGGGAACAGAUACAUAUGGUGUUGUUGCAUGGCACAAGUCUGUUACUACUCCAGAUGUUUCUGUUGGUAUUGAAAGAGCCAUCAUUACUGUGUUGAAUGAUCCAAAGUACCGAAUCUCGAAAGAAGAAAUUAUUUCAAUGACGAUUGGUACCACCCAUUUUAUUAAUGCCGUUAUCGAAAGAGAUGCAAAUCGUCUAGAAAAGGUCGCUGUCAUUCGUUUGUCUGGACCGUUUGGUGUCAGUUCUCCUCCAUUUGGGGAUUUCCCUCAAGAUUUGGCAGAGGUAAUUAACGGCUACUUCUGCAGUGUUGAUGGAGGCUCUGAAAUCAGCGGCAAGGAUAUUAGACCCUUGGAUGAGUCUGCCUUAAGAGAUCACUGCAAAAAAAUUAGACACCUCGACAUCUCUGCCGUUGCCAUUGUGGGUGUCUUCUCCAAUAUGAACUUUACGCAGGAGAAGCGUGCAGCAGAUAUUGUCGCUCAAGAGAUUCCAGGCUGUGACGUUGUCUUAUCUCACACGAUCUCAGGAAUUGGUCUUGUUGAGCGUGAGAAUGCUACCAUCCUUAAUGCUUCCAUCAAAAAGUUCGGUCGAAAGAUUAUCCGUUCCUUUGUGGGUGCAGCCAACAGACUAGGUUUAAAAUGUCCUGUUAUGCUUUCGCAGAAUGAUGGUACUGUUUUGUCUGUAAAGGAUGCAUUGGAGACACCAAUUAGGACUUUUUCCUCUGGUGCCACCAAUUCCAUGCGUGGUGCUGCCAUCCUUUGUUCGGGUGAUCCUGAUGUGAAGGGUCAGAACGUGAUUGUGUGUGACGUUGGUGGAACAACCACUGAUGUUGGUCAGUUGCUUAACACCGGUUUUCCACGUCAAUCUGCCAUGUAUUCGUAUGUCGGUGGUGUUCGUAUGAACUUUUCCAUGCCUCAUGUCGUCUCAAUCGGACUCGGCGGAGGAUCCAUCGUUAGAAAAGACGAUAAGGGUAUCACAGUGGGUCCUGAUUCCACUGGUAGUGGUAUUGUUACUGAUUCCAUCAUUUUUGGAGGUAGUACGGUUACUACCUCUGAUAUCUCUGUUGCCACUUAUAUUGAUGCCAAGGGUAUUGCUACUCUUCCCGAUGCCAUGAAAAUGGGUAAUGCAGAUAGGGUUUGCAAUGUCUUUGGGGAUGACUACAAAGCAGGCUAUGCCGCCGUUGUCAAGAGACAUUUGGAAAAAGCAAUCGAUAGGGUCAAAACUUCCAAGGGAAAUAUUCCGGUGAUUUUUGUUGGAGGAGGAUCAUUUAUUGCUCCUGAUAAUCUUAACGGUACCUCCAAAGUCAUUAAGCCUCUUUAUUCUCAGGUGGCUAAUGCCAUCGGUGCCGCUUUAGGAAAGAUAUCCUCAAAUAUCUCAGAGUUCCGAACCCUUAAAAGUGCUGAUGAUGAAGAAAAGCAGAAUGUUGUUAAUGAGCUCAUCAAGAAAGCUAGUGAUGAUGCUGUCGCUAAAGGUGCAUUAAGAACGUCGCUAGAAGUCGUUAACAUUGUUUCCGACGCUGUGCCUUAUCUUGACAACUUCUACCAAUUUGAAAUUAAGAUUGUAGGUGACGUUGAUUACGAUAAAGUUAUGGAGUUGGUUACCAAGGCAAAUCUGAACACAGCCAAGGAGUCUGUCAAAGAUUAUGUUAUCGAGGAAGUCUACAAGCAGGCAAAGGUCUCGAAAGAUGAGGCCGAUGAUUUCGACUAUUCCUCGUAUGUUCCUUUUGUCAAAAAUGGAAUUUGGUCAUUGACUGAAACUGAUGUUGACUUUAUCGGUUCCGGUUCUUACAUUCUCGGAUGUGGUGGUGGUGGUAAUCCUCAUAGUUCUGUUAUUGAGCUCAAGAGAUUGAUUCGUGAGGGCCAGCAAGUUCAAAUUGUAACUUUGAAGAAGUUUAACGAGAUGACCAAAGGUAAGGGUCGUGCCAUUAAUGUUGGCUACUUUGGAUCUCCUGUCAUCUCUGGUGAGAAAUUGCAUGCUGAUGAAAUACUAGAGGCAUUGUCACAGAUUGAAAAGCACGAGGGAUACAAAACCGAUGGAAUCUUUAUGUUUGAAAUUGGUGGAGGUAAUGGCAUCAGUGGCUUAUGGACUGCAUGUAUGAGAGGACUUCCAGUAGUUGACUUGGAUUUAAUGGGCCGUGCAUAUCCUACACAAUGGCAAUCUCUUCCUUCGGUUUAUCAUGAUAAACGCGGUUAUCCAUACCUUGCUAUUUCUGAUGGUAAUGGAUUGGAGAUGAUGAUUACAUCUGCAAGAACUGAUGUUCAGAUGGAAAACGUGAUGAGAGACUCUAUGUACAAUCAAGGAUGUCAGGGUGCGUGCGUAGAGCCUUCGAUGAGUAUUUUUGAAAUGGAACAGGAAACUGUCCAUGAUCCAGUAUCAUUGUCAUGGAGAAUCGGUAGGGCAGUUUAUAUUGCAACGCAAAAGUCUGAUGUCGAUAACCUACCUAAGUAUAUUAUUGAGGCUGCCGGUGGUCCCCAGUCAACAAAAUGUCUUCUAACCGGUAAGAUCGUCAGUGUGGAAAAGAAACUUAAACGGGGCUACGGUUACGGUGUGGUAGAAAUUGAAAGUAUUGAAGAAGAUCCUAAGACUCAUAAGAGGUCCAUGAUUACAAUGCCAUUCAAAAACGAAAACAUUGUGGCCUAUAAAGUGGAAGAGGAUGGAAGCCGUACGCCACUCUGCUCGGUUCCUGAUUUAAUUACCUUGGUUGACGUUGAUGGUAAUGCUGUGGGUACCCAGGAUUACAGGUAUGGGUUAGUCGUGUACAUAAUGGUCUUUGCAUGUUCUGAUAAAUGGAGAACUGAAAAGGCCGUUAAGAUUGGAGGUCCAGAGGCCUUUGGAGAGGAUUUUCAGGAUUUGGAAUACAGGCCAGCUGGUAAAUAUACAGCAACUGUUCCUGUUGCCGAUGAAUUUGAUACAAAAAAUUAA